GAAUAAUUCAAUCCCUCUCCGUGUCCGAUUUUCUUCCACGCGAGGGCUUGAACUCUUAAUGAUCAUUGGUCGCGUCGCUGGCUCUCUGUGAGAGAGAGCCAAUCGGCGACGAUCAGAUUGUGAGUCUGCGCAAAUCUAUGAAAACAGUUUCCGCCCGCAAUAUAUAAACAAUCAAAAUGGAUGUCGUUAAUGCUUUGAAAACAAUAGAGAUGAAAUAUGCCUUUAAUUUUAAAGAAAAACAGCUUGAGUCGGUAAAAUACAUCAUGGAGGGUAAAGAUACAUUCGUUGUCCUACCAACAGGAUAUGGGAAAAGCAAAAUAUAUUCCCAUUUACCCGAGAUUCAUGGACUUGUGAGAGAUACUCCUGGUACAGUGCUUGUUAUUUCGCCGCUUCAGUCUUUGAUGAAAGAUCAGGUUUCUAAGCUCAAUAAGAUGGGAAUUUCAGCAACUUUAGUUGGAGAAUGCCAAAGUGACAAGAACAUUGCUGAUAUGAUACGAGAGGGUAUAUAUCAGUUGGUAUUUUCUUCUCCAGAAGCUGCCUUGACACCAGGGUUUUGGAGACGUUGCUUUACCACUGGAAUAUUUCACGACAACCUCUUUGCUGUUGUUGUUGAUGAGGCUCACUGCAUCAUAGAAUGGGGUGAUGAUUUCAGACCAGAAUAUGGGAACCUUGCACACCUCCGUUCCAUUGUUCCUGACAAAACAGUUUUUAUAGCAAUGACCGCCACUGCAACCAAAGAAAUGAGAAGAAGGAUUAUUAAACACCUUGAUAUGUGCCAAUCAGAGACACAAACCGUAUGUAUGUUGCCUGAAAGGAAAAAUCUUACGUAUGUGAUCAAGAAAUCAAGAAAACAAACAGAUGAACUUCACUGGAUCCUUGCAGACAUACUAGAAAACAAGGAAAAUGCAAAGAAGACAAUCAUUUAUUGUAGAAAUAUAGCGGCAUGUGCAAAUUUGUAUGAACAUUUUUACAUCAACAUUGAUGAUACUCUGAAUUUUGAUAGUAGACUAAUUGCCAUGUUUCAUCGCUCCACAACAGAAGAAAAUAAAGAACAAGUGCUGUCUGAAUUCCCAAAACAGGACAGUAAGUUACGUCUUGUAUUUGCCACUGUGGCUUUUGGUAUGGGGGUCGACAUACCGGAUGUUGAACAAAUUGUACACUGGGGUGCCCCUCGUAGUUUGGAGCAAUAUUCGAAGGAAAGCGGUCGUGGUGGAAGAGACGGCAGACAACGUGUCUGUGUGUUGUACUUUUCCGGUAUAGACAUUGCUAAGGACAGAUCAACUGAUGCUAUGAGAGAGUUCUGUCGCACUUCAGGAUGUAUUCGUAAAGUUCUAAAUGUCCAUUUCAGUUUGGGAACAUUAAGCGAGGCAUCAAACUUUGAAAAAGGUCUGUGUUUUUGCUGCUCUUUGUGUUCAGAGCAGUGCAAUUGUAACAAUUGUUUCAUACCUAGGUGUAAUGUUGACUUUGCAAAUGUAAGCGAAUCUGUUGUGUGUGAUGAACUGGCUGUAAGGUAUCUCACUAGUAAGCAAAUGAAAUUAUUAAAACUUAAUUUGCAAGACUACCAAAGUGUUAUAUGUGAAGACAAUCCAAGCAACAUCCAUGACUUUGAUUGCCAGUUAAUAGAGGAAAUAGUUCGUCAUUCUGAUACCAUUAUGUGUAUUGAAGAUGUGAUAGAAUUGGGGCUUUCUAAACAUGACUAUGCUGAAGACAUACUGUUGUUGAUAGAAGAAAUAGAAAACCUAUAACAUGUUUAAAACUAUUGCAAUUUUUGUGCAGUUACAUUUGUAAAUACACAUGUAAAUUUAAACAUUGAUUUAACAAAAAUUUAAAUAAAUUAAUAUUUUAACAGUACAUGUGUAUAUACAUGCUUAUGUAUUACAGUCAACAAUGACUCUUUUAGGAUCAAGUUAAUCAACACAUUAAGGUUAAUCAUGUUAUUUAGUUAAUGUUUAAUAGUCGCUUUUCAAAUCACUAAAAGACUUUCUGAAGCAAUUAAUUAUCUUUUUCCCCUAUAAAAUUUAUCUUCAAAGUUUUCUAGGAAUGACAGUAGCUAAUUUUUUUUAUGUAAAUUUUGUUUGUUUCAUAUGUGUAUACGUAUUAUAAAGUGUUUUAUUUUACUGGCUAGAGUACGAAAAAAAUUUGACAAAAACCAUUGAUAUUGUAAUGAACA